ACUAAAGUAUGCAUAAAAAUAUAGAAUAUUUUAAUUAUUGAAAAUUUGAAAUCUAUGUGAGAACUGAUGAAUGCUGAUAAGUUUCAUCGAUUUAAUUGUUCUAAAGUAUAUCCUUAUAUAAAAUAAUGUGUCUAAAAAGUUUCGCGAUUCUGUGUUGCGGACUUUUCGUUCUCAUCAUCUCGUCAUCAAAAUCUCAGCAAAAUUCCAACAAUAACGAAAAGAAAGAUGAUAAAUCGACAGUACAAAACGCGGAUUCUGCAACAAUCAGCAGCGACAAAAUGAAAACACUGCGAUAUCAUUUGUGUGAAAAUAAAUUUGCCAACAAUUCUCAAUAUGUUUACAAUUAUGAGGAUGAUGAUCAAAUACAGAUAAACUCGCACACCAAUUCGACAAAUGUCAAUCAUAAAGAAAAUUUCACGCCACAGGAAAGUUAUGAAAAGUUGAUCGGAAAGAACAAUUCCAUGUCAAAUGAUGUCUUUGAAAAUUGCAAAGAUAGUAAAAAAAUUGACAUUGUUCCAUACGAAAUAUGCCAUAAUAUUACUUGCAUUCUGCUCUGUUGUCCUCUUGGUAACAGUCUGAGUUUGAAUGACAGCAAAUGCAUUUCGGAAGAAAUUAAAUACCGUCUUCCGAAUGUGUACGAAUCCACAAACGAUUUAAUGGAAAACGAAAAGAAGAAAGUGGACGCAUCGUUUCAGUUUGCCGUCCAUGAUUCGUGCUUGAAAACACAAUGUUUCAAUGUACAUAAGAAUCGUCAAUACGAUUAUAAGAUUUUUAUCAAUGGUUCUAUUUAUUUAUCUCAUUCUAAAACAUUAUUUAAAUCAACUUCAUAUUGUCUUGCUGUCAUCUCGGAAAUGGGAAAUGAGUUUGAAGUGAUUUACUGCUCAAAAAUUUCUAAUCAAGUUGAGAGAGACGAGAUAAAGAACAUACCAGCGACUCGCUCGGAAAAUCGUUUAUUUAAGAUGUAUAAGAACUUGAAUUUAAUACGUUUAUUAUUUUUGGUGCCAAUAUUUCUAGUGUAUUCCAUAUUGCCAGAACUUCGAAAUGUAUAUGGCUUUACGUUGUGCAAUUACAGCUUUGCUUCAUCUGUUGCAGUCAUAAUUCAAGCUGUGAAAUAUAUAUAUAUAUAUGAAGUGGAAAUACCAUAUUCCGUCUGUAUUACACUUGCUUUUUUCAAUUAUUUUUUUUCUAUGUCGGGUUACUUCUGGCUAAGUACCAUGAGCUUUAAUAUGUGGUGGACAUUCAGAGGAUUCUGUUCGUUACAAAAAAAUGUCAAUCGGAAAAGACAAACGGAAAAAAAAAAGUUACUGUAUUAUGUUAUUUUUGCGUAUGGUUGUCCAUUUAUACUUGGUGUUGUUUGUGUCAUCGUCGUGGAAUUUAUUUCCAAGUAUAUACCAAAAACAUUGAGACCUGAAUUUGAAAUAGGAAAUUGUUGGUAUUGUAAUAAAUCUCUAAACGUGUUGUAUUAUACCUGGAUCAAAGCUGUCGGUAUCUUUAGUAGCGUUUGCUUAUUCAUUUCUACGGUAUUGAAUAUUAAACGAUUUGAAAAAAAGACAGACUUUUGUCUAACAGAUUCAGAAAGCAAACGGUAUAAUGACAAUAAAAAAUGGUUUAAUUUAUAUAUGAAGUUAUUUAUCGUGAUAUUUAUCAUAUUGGGCCUAAAUUGGCUUGUGCAUAUAAUGUCAUGGUCUUUUGGAACAAAGAAAAAAUAUUACUUGAUUUAUGUUUUGUUUGAUAUUGUGCAAAGUUUCUGCACCUUUGUCAUCUUUGUAUGGAAAAAGAAGAUCAAGCAGAUGUUACUGAAACGAUUCGGAUACGAGACGAAGGCAAGAUCGACUAACAUCGAUUUAAAUAUCACAACUGGAGUGUAUGCACAGUCGAACUCUUGCGGGAAGAAAAUAAUCAUGCGAAAGAUUCGUCCCAAGAGAUUGAAAUCUAAUAUUAUGCUCGAUUAUGAUCGUAACGCACAACGCGAAUCAAGACAGCCAAUCGUGGAAAAUGACAAAAAUGUCAACAACAUGCUUUUUUAUAGAAAACUAGCAGACAAGCUAACGCGAGUACUUACCAGAGUCUCUAGAUAGAAAUUCUAAUACUUAGAGAUCCUUGAUGAUCCAUUCAUAUAAAAACAUUUAUUCUGACAUCUUACAAUUUACGAAAGUUAAAGCAACCGCAGAUUUAUCUUAAGAAACUCAAAAUUAUAUAAAAAUUUAACUUUUUACCCGCAUAUACUUUGUUAUGAUGUACUUAGGACAAUACAGUAACAAGAAACAUGUUUUCAUAUUUUGGCGUUGGUCGAUAGUUUAAUAUUUGCAAUUCUUAUUUUAAUGCAGCGGCAUUUAGAUUUCAACUGGCAAUUUUGUUAUUAAUUUUAAUUUCUGACUCUAUCAUGCGCUAUCCUCUAUGAUUCUUUUUAAAUAACAUUCUAUGUAAACUGAAGAUGGUCUAAAAUAGGCCGAAACAUGUGUUUAAUUAUUUAAUAAAUUGUUUU